UGUUUUAGUGGGUAUUUCCAAAGCAGUUUGUUACCAUCUCAAAGGUCAAACAGAUAAUGGUUAAGUUGUACAUUACUUAAAGGUAGAUUUUGACCUCUCACAAGUUGAAAAGUAUCGAAGAUCUAAGAUCAUUUACAUCUCUCAGGAAGAAAAAAUAACUUAGCCUUCUAAGGCAAGAAAGAAAGAACAAAAAACUUGCAGGCAUUCCACAGGUCAAAGUACAUUUGCCUGGUUUACUUUCUCCAAACUCCUACACUCGGCUGGUUGAAGUGGUGGCCUCUCAACUGACAGCCCAGGAGGGCUGGUGGGGAAGAUGUCUUCACUUUUUCUUUGGAGUCUGGUUAUUUUAUUGCCAUUUGCUGAAUCAGAUGGUGAAGCUGGAAGACUGGAGUUGCAGAGACAAAAAAGAAAUAGUGACCCCCAGCAACCGCGAAUGGCUACAGAGAGAGGAAAUUUAGUGUUUCUUACUGGGUCUGCUCAAAACAUUGAAUUUAGAACUGGAUCCCUAGGAAAAAUUAAAUUAAAUGAUGAAGACGUUGGUGAAUGUUUACAACAGAUCCAGAAAAACAAAGAUGAUAUUACAGAUUUAAAAAGCACAAUUAGUCUGCCUCAAAAUAUUUCUAGUCAAAUCCAUCAGCUCCAUUCCAAGUUUGUGGAUCUUGAGAGACAAUUUCAGAGCUUACAGCAGACAUUGGACAAGAAGGUUUGCAGCAGCAAUCCCUGCCAAAAUGGUGGAACCUGCCUCAAUCUUUAUGACUCCUUUUUUUGUGUCUGUCCCUCACAGUGGAAGGGUCCUCUGUGCUCAGUUGAUGUUAACGAAUGUGAGAUUUACACAGGAACACCCUUCGGCUGCCAGAAUAGAGCCACGUGUAUAAAUACAGCAGGGAAUUACAGUUGUCACUGCUCGCCCGAGACACAUGGCCCCCAGUGCGCCUCCAAAUACGACGACUGCGAAGCGGGCUCCCAGGUGCUCUGUGUUCAUGGCAUCUGCGAGGAUCUAGUCCGUGUGCAGGCUGGAGAGCCCAAGUACAGCUGCAUCUGCCAUGCUGGGUGGACGUCCCCGCAGAACAGCUCGGCCUGUACGCUGGACAUAGAUGAGUGCAGCCUCCAGCCUGCACCUUGUUCACCGCUUGUGCAGUGUUUCAACACUCCAGGCUCUUUCUAUUGUGGGGCCUGUCCUACAGGCUGGCAAGGAAAUGGAUAUGAUUGCCAAGAUAUCGAUGAAUGUGAGAUAAAUAAUGGCAGUUGUUCUGUGGCCCCGCCUGUUGAGUGUGUGAAUACACCUGGAUCUUACCACUGCCAGUCCUGUCCACCAGGGUACCAGGGCAAUGGAAGAGUGUGCACACUUAUAGACAUCUGCUCUGUCAAUAACGGAGGCUGCCACCCGCACGCGUCAUGCUCCUCAGCACUAGGUUCCUUACCUCUCUGCACUUGUCUCCCGGGAUACACUGGAAAUGGUUAUGGCCCAAAUGGAUGCAUGCAACUCAGUAAUAUGUGCCUGAGUCACCCCUGUUCAAAUGGACAAUGUGUUGAAACAGCCUCUGGUUAUCUUUGUAAGUGUGAACCAGGUUGGGCUGGUGUCAACUGCACAGAAAACAUCAAUGAGUGCCUGAGCAACCCCUGUUUGAAUGGGGGAACUUGUGUUGAUGGCAUUAAUGCUUUCAGUUGUGAAUGCACACAUUUCUGGACUGGACUUCUUUGUCAGAUUCUCCAGCAAGUGUGUGGAGGGUCCCUCUCGGGCAUGAAUGGGAGCUUUAGCUACCAGGUCCCUGAUGUUGGUUAUGUUCAAGAUGUGAACUGCUUCUGGGUUAUCCGCACUGAAGAAGGAAAGGUGCUGCGUAUCACUUUCCCGUUUUUGCAGUUGCAAUCAGCGAACAAUUGCCCACACGAGUUUCUGCAGAUUCACGACGGAGAUUCCUCCGCAGCGCUUCAGCUCGGAAGGUUCUGUGGCUCCAGCGCCCCGCGUGAGCUCCUCAGCAGUGACAACGCGCUCUAUUUCCAUUUCCAUUCUGAACUUUUGAGGAAUGGGAGAGGCUUCAGGAUAAGAUGGGAAACACAGCAACCGGAGUGUGGAGGUGUCCUGACUGGUACAUAUGGUUCUAUCAAGUCUCCGGGAUAUCCUGGAAACUAUCCCCCUGGAAGAGAUUGUGUCUGGAAAGUCAUAACCAGUCCUGGCCUUUUGAUAACAUUUGCUUUUGGGACCCUGAGUCUGGAGUACCACGAUGAUUGCAGUGAAGAUUAUCUUGAGAUUCGAGAUGGUCCUUUGCAUCAGGACCCCGUUCUUGGGGAAUUCUGCAGCACUCUCUCUGCGCCGCCACUCCAGACCUCAGGUCCCUUUGCCAGAAUUCAUUUUCACUCCGACAACCAGACGAAUGACCAAGGCUUCCAUAUCACCUACUUAACAUCACCUUUGGACCCGCCUUGUGGAGGAAACUACACAGACCCAGAGGGUCUUCUCUCUCUUGACUUGUCUGGACCUUUCUCUCACAUCAUUCAGUGUGUCUACACUGUAGAGCAGCCCUUGGGAGAACAAAUACAGGUCAACUUCACCAGCGUGGAGCUAGAAGGCCAGAGCAGCUGUUUUCACACUUACAUCGAGGUUAGAGAUGGUGAAACUUUACUUGGAAAAGUCAAAGGCAAUGAAACGCUCUCUCCCAUCACAUCUAUUACUAAUAAUAUCUGGAUCAGGCUUAGAUUGGAUGCUUCUGUUGCAAGAGCUAGUUUCAGAGCUAUUUAUCAAGUUGCCUGUGGAGGUGAGUUAACUGGAGAAGGGGUCUUUCGCUCGCCCCUCUAUCCGAACGUGUAUCCAGGAGAAAGGAUCUGUAGGUGGACCAUCCACCAGCCCCAAAGCCAGGUAGUUCUUCUCAACUUCACUGGCUUUGAAACUGGAAGUUCUGCCCUCUGUGAUACAGACUAUGUUGAGAUUGGUAGCAGUUCCAUUUUGGGUUCUACUGAAAAUAAAAAAUAUUGUGGCAGAGACAUACCUUCAUUUAUAACAUCCGUGUACAAUUUUCUUUAUGUCAUAUUUGUGAAAAGUUCUUCUACCGAAAAUCAUGGUUUCAUGGCUCACUUCAGUACUGCAGAUUUGGCAUGUGGAAAAAUUCUUACAGAGCCAACAGGAACCAUUCAAAGUCCUGGCCAUCCAAAUAUCUACCCCCAUGGUGUCAACUGUACCUGGUAUAUAUUCGUUCAACCUGGCUACCUGAUUAAUUUGAUAUUCAGAAGAUUUCAUCUGGAAUUUCAUUACAAUUGCACAAGCGACUAUCUGGAUGUUUAUGACAUUGGUUCUGGGACAUCUCUUGGGAGAUAUUGUGGAAAAUCGAUUCCACCCUCUCUAACCAGCAGUAGCAACUCAUUAAUGCUUGUGUUUGUGGCUGACUCUGACCUUGCUUAUGAAGGCUUUUUAAUAAACUAUGAAGCAAAUAAUGCAUCAACAGUAUGCUUGGAAGACUACACAGAAGACUCUGGGAUGAUUACUUCUCCAAACUUCCCCAAUAAUUACCCCAAAAACUGGAAAUGUGUUUAUAGGAUCACAGUGGAAACCAGCCAACAGAUUGCACUGCACUUCAAGAACUUCUCCUUAGAGGAAGCCAUUGGCAGACAAUGUGUAGCAGAUUUUGUGGAAAUCAGAGAUGGAGGCUAUGAAACUUCACCAUCCCUGGGAAAGUACUGUGGUUCAAAUCUACCUCCAAGAAUCAUCUCUCACAGUAACAAACUAUGGUUACAAUUUAAGAGUGACGGCCUUGUCUCCAGAUCUGGAUUCUCAGCUUACUGGGAUGGAUCAUUAACAGGUUGUGGGGGCAAUCUCACCACUCCCACCGGCACGUUCACGUCUCCCAACUACCCGAUGCCCUACUACCACAGCUCCGAAUGCUUCUGGUGGUUGAAGUCCAGUCACGGCAGCCCAUUUGAACUGGAAUUCGAAGACUUUCACUUGGAGCAUCAUCCAAACUGCACUUCAGAUUAUCUGGCUGUAUAUGAUGGCCCAAGCACCAGCUCUCAUUUGCUAGCUCAGCUUUGUGGGAAUGAGAAACCGCCUCUCAUUCUUUCUAGUGGAGACAGCAUGCUUUUAAAACUGAGGACAGAUGAAGGUCAACAAGGAGGUGGCUUCCUGGCCAAAUACCAGCAGACAUGUAACAACGUGAUGAUUGUGAAUCAAACCCAUGGCCUCUUAGAGAGUAUACAUUACCCAAAUCCCUAUUCUGAUAAUCAGCGUUGCAACUGGACCAUCCAAGCUACAACUGGCAACACUGUGAAUUACAUAUUUUUAGGAUUUGAAUUGGAAAAUCACAUAAACUGCUCCAUAGACUAUUUAGAGCUCUACGAUGGCCCACGGCGGUUGGGACGCUACUGUGGCUCAGAUAUGCCACCUUCGGGGAAUACCACAGGCUCCAUUCUUCAAGUGCUAUUCCGCACGGAUGGGGUCAGUAGCCACAAGAAAGGAUUCCAGAUGCAGUGGUUCGUCCACGGUUGUGGUGCGGAAUUGUCGGGAGCCACGGGCUCCUUCAGCAGCCCCGGGUACCCAAACGCGUAUCCCCCUAACAAGGAGUGUAUCUGGUACGUUCACACGGAUCCUGGGAGUAGCAUUCAGCUCACCAUCCACGACUUCGAUGUGGAGUACCACGCAAGCUGCAGAUUUGAUGUCCUUGAGAUCUAUGGAGGUCCCGAUUUUCACUCUCCCAGAAUAGCCCAGUUGUGUGCCCGAAGAUCAUCUGAGAAUCCCAUGCAAGUGUCCAGCACUGGAAAUGAGCUAGCCAUCCGGUUUAAGACCGACAGCUUCAUAAAUGGGAGAGGCUUCAAUGCCUCAUGGCAGGCAGUCCCUGGAGGUUGCGGUGGAACUUUCCAGGCUCCCAGUGGAGAGAUUCAUUCUCCAAAUUACCCUAGUCCUUAUAGGAGUAACACUGACUGUUCUUGGGUCAUUCAAGUGGAAAGAAAUUACCGUGUUCUCUUGAACUUCACUGACUUUGACCUUGAAUCUCAGGACUCUUGUGUUAUGGUGUUUGAUGGUUUAAACUCUUUAACUACCCACCUGGCCACUAUGUGCGGAAGGCAGCAGCUGACUAACCCCAUCACCUCCUCAGGAAACAGCCUCUUUCUGCGAUUCCGGUCUGGCCCUUCCAGUCAGAGCAGGGGCUUCCGUGCUCACUUCAGGCAAGCCUGUGGAGGCUACAUCCUCACCAACUCGUUUGAUACAAUAUCCUCUCCAUUGUUUCCUGCCAAGUAUCCAGACAAUCAGAACUGCAGCUGGAUUAUUCAAGCUCAACGUCCUUUCAAUCACAUAACCCUCUCCUUUACCCACUUUGGACUUGAAAGGAGCACGACGUGUACGCGAGACUUCCUAGAAAUUUUGGACGGCCGUUACGACGACGCGCCCCUCCGAGGCCGCUACUGUGGCACCACCAUGCCUCAUCCCAUCACCUCCUUUAGCGAUGCUCUGACACUGAGGUUCGUCUCUGAUUCUGGAGUGAAUUCCGAUGGUUUCCACGCUACGUAUGCCGCGUCAUCCUCAGCUUGUGGUGGAAGCUUCCACAUGGCUGAAGGCAUCUUCAACAGCCCCGGCUACCCGGAAAUUUAUCCCUCUAAUGUGGAAUGUGUCUGGAACAUUGUCAGUUCCCCUGGCAACCGGCUCCAGCUGUCUUUUAUAACUUUCCAGUUGGAGGAUUCUCAGGACUGUAGCAGAGACUUUGUGGAGAUCCGGGAAGGAAACACCACGGGUCACCUAGUGGGACGAUACUGUGGAAAUGUCCUCCCCCUCAAUUAUUCAUCCAUUGCUGGGCAUGCCCUGUGGAUCAGAUUUGUCUCCGAUGGCUCAGGCAGUGGCGUCGGCUUCCAGGCCACAUUUACUAUCAUAUUUGGCAAUGACAAUAUUGUGGGAACUCAUGGGAAAGUUGCCUCUCCCUUAUGGCCUGGAAAUUACCCCCACAACUCAGAUUACCAAUGGAUAGUAAACGUGAAUGACUCUCAAGUUAUCCAUGGUAGAAUCUUGGAGAUAGACAUUGAAUUAACGCAAAACUGCUAUUAUGACAAAUUAAGGAUUUAUGAUGGGCUUGGCAUUCAUUCCCGCCUGAUUGGGACUUACUGUGGUACCCAGACUGCAUCUUUUAGCUCCACUAGAAAUUCUUUGACAUUUCAGUUUUCUUCUGACUCUUCAAUCUCAGGGAAAGGAUUCCUUCUGGAGUGGUUUGCAAUGGAUACCUCUGUUGGAGCUUUACCCACCAUUGCUACAGGUGCUUGUGGCGGGUUCCUGAGGACAGGAGAGGUGCCAGCUUUCCUCUUCUCCCCAGGCUGGCCCGAAAGCUAUGGUAACAGGGUUGACUGUACAUGGCUUAUCCAGGCUCCUGACUCUACUGUGGAACUCAACAUCCUCUCCAUGGACAUCGAAGCCCAAAGUACAUGCAAAUAUGAUCAACUCGUGAUACGAGACGGAGACAAUAACGUGGCCCAGCAGCUAGCUGUUCUCUGUGGCAGAGAGCUCCCAGGACCCAUCCGGUCCACUGGAGAGUACAUGUGGAUCCGGUUCACCUCGGACUUCAGUAUAACCAGGGCGGGCUUUAAUGCAUCCUUUCACAAGAGUUGUGGUGGAUACUUGCAUGCAGACAGAGGGAUUAUCACAUCACCCAGGUAUCUGGAGACCUACCCUCCUAACCUCAACUGUUCUUGGCACGUCCUGGUUCAGAGAGGUCUGGUCAUUGCCGUCCAUUUUGAACAGCCCUUCCAGAUUCCAAAUACAGACUCCUCUUGUAACCAGGGGGAUUACGUGAUGCUAAAAAAUGGACCUGAUAUCUAUUCUCCACCCUUGGGACCCCAUGGAGGAAAUGGUCAUUUCUGUGGCAGUCGUCCUUCAUCCACUCUGUUCACCUCAGAUAAUCAAAUGCUCGUUCAGUUUAUUUCUGAUGACAGUAAUGGAGGGCAAGGAUUUAAGAUCAAAUAUGAGGCAAAGAGCUUAGCCUGUGGGGGCAACAUCUACAUCCAUGAUGCGGAUUCUGCUGGAUACGUGACCUCUCCCAACCACCCUGACAAUUACCCCCAGCACACUGAUUGCAUUUGGCUUAUCUCUGCUCCCCCUGGAAAGCUCGUAAGACUGCAGUUUGAGGAUCAGUUCAGUAUUACAAUCACACCCAACUGUACAUCCAAUUAUCUUGAGUUGCGAGAUGGAGCUGAUUCAAAUGCACCAAUAAUUUCCAAGCUUUGUGGGACAUCUUUGCCCAGCAGUCAGUUGUCUUCAGGAGAGGUGAUAUAUUUGAGAUUCCGGACUGACAACAGCGCCACUAGUGUGGGAUUCAAGGCCAAGUAUUCUAUAGCCCUGUGUGGGGGGAGAGUGACAGGGCACAGUGGUGUCAUUGAAAGCAUCGGAUACCCAACACUUCCAUAUACAGACAAUUUAUUUUGUGAGUGGCGUCUCCAGGGACCCUCAGGACACUAUCUCACCAUCCAUUUUGAAAACCUGAACCUUCAGAAUUCCUCUGGCUGUGUAAAAGACUUUGUGGAGAUCUGGGAAAACCAUACCUCUGGAAAUUUACUGGGCAGAUACUGUGGAAACACCAUUCCUGAGAGCAUAGACACUUCCAGCAAUGUCGCUUUGGUCAGGUUUGUCACAGAUGGCUCUCUUACUGCCCCAGGAUUCAGACUACGGUUUGAAUCCAGCUUGGAGGAAUGUGGCGGGGAUCUGUGGGGCCCCACGGGAACGUUUACGUCUCCCAGCUACCCGAACCCCAAUCCUCACGGCCGGAUCUGCGAGUGGAGCAUCACUGCGCAGGAAGGAAGGCGGGUCACGCUGACUUUUAACGACCUGAGGCUGGAAGCUCAUCCGUCCUGCACCAGUGAGCGUGUGACAAUAUUCAAUGGCAUCAGAAGUAACUCACCCCAGCUCGAGAAGCUGUGUAGCAGUGUGAACGUAAACAACGAGAUCAAGUCCUCAGGAAACACAAUGAAAGUCAUUUAUUUCACUGAUGGAUCCAGGCCAUAUGGAGGCUUCACUGCUUCCUACACAUCCAGUGAAGAUGCAGUGUGUGGCGGGUCCCUUACAAAUUCCCCUGGAGGAAACUUUACUUCUCCUGGCUAUGAUGGAGUCAGUAAUUACUCAAGAAACCUAAACUGCGAAUGGACUCUCAGCAAUCCGAGUCAGGGAAAUUCAUCCAUUUACAUUCAUUUUGAGGAUUUUUACCUUGAAAGUCACCAAGACUGUCAGUUUGAUGUCCUAGAGUUCCGAGUCGAUAAUGCUGAUGGACCUCUGAUAUGGAGAUUUUGUGGACCUUCGACACCUUCUAUGCCAUUGGUUAUCCCUUAUCCUCAGGUAUGGAUACAUUUUGUCACCAACGAACGUGUAGAACAUACUGGAUUCCAUGCAGAGUAUUCUUUUACAGAUUGUGGUGGAAUACAGACGGGUGAGAGCGGAGCGAUCUCAAGCCCUAAGUAUCCAGCCUCUUACGACAGCUUGACCCACUGUUCUUGGUUGUUGGAAGUCCCACAAGGCCACACCAUCACUCUUACGUUUAGUGACUUUGAUAUCGAAUCCCAUUCAGCUUGUGCUUGGGACUCUGUCACUGUCAGGAAUGGCGGUUCUCCGGGAUCGCCCAUAAUAGGACAGUACUGUGGGAGUUCAAACCCCGGGCCCAUUAUGUCUGGUUCUCACCAGCUGGUGGUGAUUUUUAACUCGGACUAUUCGGUGCAAAAUGGUGGAUUUUAUGCUUCGUGGAGCACACAUACUUUAGGUUGUGGUGGAAUACUUCAUUCAGAUAACGGCACAAUCAGAUCCCCUCACUGGCCUCAGAAUUUCCCCGAGAACAGCAGAUGCUCCUGGACAGUCAUCACUCAUGAAAGCAAUCACUUGGAAGUCAGCUUUGACAACAACUUCCUAAUCCCCAGUGGCGACGGACAGUGUGAGAACAGCUUCGUGAAGGUGUGGGCCGGAACCGAGGAGGCGGACAAAGCCCUGUUAGCCACGAGCUGUGGGAACGUGGCUCCCGCUGCCAUCAUCACACCAAGAAACGCCUUCACGGCCGUGUUCCAGUCUCAGGAGGCCCCGGCUCAGGGCUUCUCUGCAUCCUUCGUAAGCCGGUGUGGAAGUACUUUCACUAAACCUUCAGGUUACAUCAUUUCUCCAAACUACCCAAAACAAUAUGAUAACAACAUGAAUUGCACUUACGUCAUAGAGGCUAAUUCUCUGGCUCUCAUCCUUCUGACUUUUGUGUCUUUCCAUCUGGAAGCUCGCUCAACGGUAACGGGAGGCUGUGACAAUGACGGUGUGCACAUUAUCAGGGGUCACAGCGUGGCUUCCACACCCUUUGCCACCGUGUGUGGUGACGAGAUCCUGUCUCCUCUCACCAUCUCUGGCCCAGUGCUGCUUAACUUCUACUCCAAUUCCCACACCACCGACUUGGGAUUCAAGUUUUCCUAUAGGAUAACCUUCUGUGGAGGUCUGUUCCACUUCUCCACUGGAAUCAUCCGGAGCCCCUCCUAUUCCUAUUCAGAUUACCCCAGCAAUAUGCACUGUUUGUACAACAUCACAGUCAGCGACGACAAAGUGAUUCUGCUCAAGUUCAUCGAUUUUGAUGUGGUUCCCUCCAGCUUUUGCUCCCAAGACUACCUGGCAGUUUACGAUGGUUCCAGCAUCAGUGACCCCCUUCUUGGCAAGUUCUGUGGUUCCAAGCUGCCACCCAUUGUCAAGAGCAGCAAUAACAGUAUGCACCUGGUGUUCAAAACGGAUUCAUUUCAAGAGGCGAGAGGUUGGAAGAUAUCUUUUCGGCAGACAUUGGGACCUCGGCAAGGUUGUGGCGGCUAUCUGACAGGUUCAAAUUACACCUUUGCCUCUCCCGAUUCUGAUUCAGAUGGAAGAUAUGACAAGUACUUAAACUGCAUAUGGUUCAUAAUUGCACCUGUAAACAAACAAAUUAAACUCACCUUCAAUACAUUUGCUCUGGAGUCAGCAUCUAUUUUUCAAAGAUGCAUUUAUGAUUAUGUAAAGAUAUAUGACGGGGACAGUGAAAAAGCCAACUUGGCUGGAACAUUUUGUGGUUCCACCGUACCUGCUCCCUUUCUCUCUUCUGGUAACUUCCUGACAGUUCAAUUUGUCAGUGACGUCACUGUAGAAAGGGAAGGAUUUAAUGCUACCUAUACCAUCGUUGACAUGACUUGUGGUGGAACAUAUAAUGCCACUUGGAGCCCACAAAACAUUUCGUCACCCAUUUCAUCCCACCCAGAUGUCCCGUUUUCCACCUGUACUUGGGUUUUUGAAGCCCUUCCACAUCAUCAGGUCGAGAUAUCUGUGUGGAUGUUACAGCUGCACUCGCAAGACUGCCACCAGAAUUACUUAGAGUUCCAGGACUCACCACAGGAUAAUAGAAAUCCAGGAACUCGCUUUUGUGGCAGAAACGCUUCAGCCGUACCCACGUUUUAUUCUUCUACGAGAACCGCAAUUGCCUUUUUCAAAUCCGAAGUUUUUAAUGAAAACUCUAGAGUGGGUUUUACCUAUCAGAUUGCAGAUUGCAACAGAGCAUAUAAUAAGGCAUUUGGCAACCUGAAGAGUCCUGGGUGGCCGGAUAAUUAUAACAAUAACUUGGAUUGCACUGUUACUCUCACGGCCCCACAGAACCACACUAUUUCCCUCUUCUUCCAUUCAUUUGACAUUGAGGACUCAAGCGAAUGCAGACAUGAUUUCUUGGAGGUAAGAAACGGAAGUGACAGCAGUUCACCGUUACUGGGCACAUACUGUGGAACUCUGCUGCCAAAUCCGAUCUUCUCUCAGAAUAAUGAGCUCUACCUACGAUUUAAGAGCGAUGGCGCAACUUCCCGUCGUGGGUACGAGAUUAUCUGGACCUCAUCGCCCUCCGGCUGUGGUGGAACUCUUUACGGAGACAGCGGCUCGUUCACCAGCCCCGGCUAUCCGGGCACUUACCCAAACCACACUCACUGCGAAUGGGCCAUCAUUGCUCCAUCUGGAAGGCUUGUCACCGUCAGCUUUUACUUUAUCAGCAUUGACGAUCCCGGAGACUGUGUCCAGAACUAUCUCAUACUCUUCGAUGGACCAGAUGUUAAUUCUCCAUCCUCUGGACCGUAUUGCGGAGCAGACACUAACAUAGCCCCCUUUGUGGCCUCCUCACAUCGGGUCUUCAUCGAAUUUCACGCGGAGUACGCAGCGCGUCCGUCAGCAGUACGCCUGAUUUGGGACAGCUAAACGCGCAGGGUGUGUGUUUGCCCAGGCUCUCCCGCAGCGGCCGCCGGACGUCCUGCUGGACGGAGCUCUGCCAUCUUGAUCCAUGACCCCUGCCUGCACCACCAAGAAUAAUUUGAAGGUGUAUGUUUUUCACCAAAGCAGAUGUGGAAUCGAUAUCUGAACAUAUUUUUUGAACAUAGAAUGUAGUAGUCUUGGCUGUCCACAUCAUCCUUCUAAUAUUUUGAACUGAAAUUUUCUAAAAUUCCUUAAAGACUUGGAAAUGAUUGACAUGUGUUGUAAAUUUUCAAAAUGAUUUUCACUGUGAAUGUCAAGUUAGGGGUAAUAAACAUGAUUGCAUUGUACACAAA